AUGUCGCGCCCGGGAACGGCCAACGAGGACAAGUCCGUCCGGUUCGUCGCCGACUUCCAGCUUGACGGCACCGAUGAGAUCCUGCAACUGCCCAUCGUGCGCUCGGGCAAGUACAAGAAGCUCUGGAAGGGCGCGGUGAACAAGGUCGGGCUCAUCUCUGGCCAUGUCUCGCAAUCCGAUGACAACCUCACGGACUACCUCAAGAAGGUCGGCAAGUACUUCGGCCGCGACCCCGACGUCUGGAUGCCCGAGGGCGAGCCGCGCAACGAGGUCAUCGAGGAAGCCGGCAAGCGAGUCGUCAAGCGCACGGCGCGGUUCGCGGGGUGGUCGCUCUCGCUCGUGCAGCGGCUCCCCUUUUACGACGCCCGCCUGAACCCGAUCGACGGGCGCGCGGACCUGGACUUCUCCGUCGAGCAGAUCACGGUCAGCGACAACGCGGCGUGGCGGAACAUCAUCAUGGACCAGCCCUGGUCGCCCUCGGAGACGCGGCACCGCGUGGCGCUGCUCAUGGAGGCCAAGAUUCUCUCGUCGUCCGAGGAGUUGCAGCUGGAGGGUCUCCACGGGAUGUGGGAGCUCCUGGUCAACAAGGACCACCACGCCGACAUCACCGAGGGCCAGCUCAAGCUCGUCCUCGAGGCCGUCACGCACCAGAACCCGCAGUGCGCCGCCGUCGCCACCGCCGCGGUCUGGACGAUGACGCCCGUCCUCGACUCGCGCCACCAGCUCCUCGCCAUGGAUGCCGUGGGCAUCCUGACCAAGGCGCUCAAGCGCUGCCUCGAGCAGGAGUCGUCCGGCGGAGCGCCGACGUCGGGAAUGCAGUACAAGAGCCUCAAGGGGAUCUCGCGGAUGCAGUCCCUGGCGGUCGGGGUGCUCGACGACGAGGACUCGGGCUCAAUGGCGUCGGGGGAGCACUCCGGGAGCGAGGGCGACGCGCGCGAGGAGGAGAGGGAGGACGCGCGGUCCGUGGCGGGCCGCUCGGAGCGCAUGCCGGGCGACACGGACGACGAGAACGAGGAGGACGGCGACCACGUGUGGUGGGACUACCAGGAGGCGCUGCUGGGGGCGCUGGGGGUGCUCUUCGUGGACCGCCUGGCGCGCAUGAGCUACCUCAAGGUCGAGCCCUCACUCGACACGCUCCUCCGGUUCUGCGAGAACGAGAGCGGCCCGAACCCCGCGUGGAUCGCGGAACGCCGGUCCCUCGCCGCGCGCUGCGUGUGCAUGAUGGUGCACCGCGACCCGGACGUCCGCGCGACGAUGGCGCGCGGCCAGGGCGUCCUCGAGCGCGUGCUCGCGCUGAUCGAGGUCGACGCCGCGGGCCCCGGCGCCGCCCACGUCAAGCUCUGCUUCGUGACUGUCCUGGCCAUCAUGGUGCUGGACGACGUCGUCAUGGAGUACAUCCGCGUCCACGGCCUCGCGCACCGCCUCUUCUCCGCGUGCCUCACGACGCUGGACCAGAUGGUGAAGAUCAUGACGCCGGGCGACGAGAUAUACCGCCUGAUGCCGGACCCGCGCGCCGUGCUGGCGAUGGCCGAGGGCCUCUCGCAGGCGAUGUGGGGCGCGUCGUACGAGUGCUGCCUGCCCAAGGGCGGCGGGCUCACGGAGGCCGAGCUCAUGCAGCUCGCGGACGUCGGCUUCCGCCUCAUGGACAACCGCGAGUUCCGCGUCGACCGCGUCCUGCGCUGCAUCGCCACCGCGCUCGCGAACGCCGCGUCGAGCGAGCCGCUCGCGGAGAUCAUGAUGCGCCCGGAGCCCCGCGAGUCCGAGCCGCUGCCGAGCGACAUCUCUGACUCGGAGGAGGAGGAGUACUACGACACUCCGUGGCAGCGGGAAGAGCGGGAGAAGAAGCUCGCCGAGAAGCGCCGGCGGCUCGAGGCGCUCCGCGCGCAGCAGCUCGAGGAGGAGGCGCGCCGGAAGGCCGAGGAGCUCCCGCACCCGCGCGGCCCCGCGAUGUUCCUGAUGGCGCUGUUUGACCGGCUGCCGGAGUUCGACCCGGAGCAGGAGCCGCACUGCCGGAUCUCGCUGUGCGCGGCGUUCGCGCUGCUCGCGGGGCACCCGUUCGACGCGUCGGGCGAGGAGGCGAUGCACGGCCCGCACCGCGCGCCGCUGCUGCGGAUGGGGAUGUUCCCGCGGCUCCUCGAGGCGAUCGCGUCGGCGACGAACGACCCGUUCUCGAAGCAGUUCUGCGAGAUCACGGGGUCGUUCGCGUGCAUGCAGCUCUGCACGGAGGCCGGCGGGCUCCCCGCGGCGCUCCUCGCGCGCUACGUGACGAUCAUGCGCAAUUGCAAGGACAACGUGGAAUUGGUCGAGUACAUGAUGGCCGGGCUGUGGAUUCUGCUCCGGAGGGACGACAACCGGCAGCACAUCAUGGGCCACAUGGCCGGCGUUGGCCAGAUCGCGGGCGCGAUCGACGGCGACGCUCUGCAGGAGGUCGGCGAAGCGUUGCUGGACCAGGUGGCGCCCGAGGACGAGGUGACGCCGCCGGCGGUGGGCGAGGAGGACGGCGAGGAGGACGGCGGCGGGGGCGACGUCGAGGACCACUUCGAGGGCAUGGCGGAGUUCGUGGCGAGCCAGGGCCCCGGCGACGGCGAGGCGAUCCCCACCAAGGAGAGCUCGCCCGAGUUCAACGCGCAGGCGUCGGUGGAGGACGUCGACAAGCAGAUCGAGGUCGGCGUCGUGGUCAACGAGAACGAGGCCGUCGCGGAGAUGGCGCGCGAGAUGGAGCGCAAGGCUGCGGAGCUCGCCGCCGCCAAGGAGGAGGGCAAGGUGCCGGAGAUGGGCGUGGAGGGGCUGGGGCUGGAGGUCAUCCUGGACGUCGGCUUCUCGUGGCUGGACCGGCUGCUCGGGAUGCGGAACGAGGAGGACGAGGACGCGCCGCUGGUGAAGCUGUUUGAGUUUCUGGUGUCGGGGCUGUGCCUGCUGGUGACCGACGCGGAGCCGCAGCCGCGGCAGUACGAGCAGCUGCUGUUCGAGCAGGACGCGGCGCAGGGGUCGGACAAGAAGGUCUGGUGGGGGGUGUCGGUGACUCCCCCCGAAGAGGACGCGGACAUUGGCAGCAAGUACAACGACGCGCUGGCGCUGAUGUGCAAGCUGCUGCACCUGACGCAGCCCGUCGCGGCCAAGAUCCUGCAGCUCACGAUCAACGCGCUGUGGACCAUCACGCUCAGCCACCAGGGCGCCGAGCGCUUCAUCCUCGAGGCCGGCGCGACGGAGCAGCUGCUGCGCAUCGCCAUGUCGCACAGCCUCCCGCCGCGCGUCCGCGACGCCGCGAUCGGCCUCAUCGCCGACCUCUUCGAGUACUACCCCAACGUCGAGCACAUGGGCGGCGCGGGCCCGCUCGUGAAGGCGACGGUCGACCUGCUGUCGACGCGCACGCCGCUGCUGGAGCACCGCGCCGCGCUGGUGCUCGGCCGCAUCGCGUCGGUCGCGCCGCACUCGUGCCCGGACGCUGCGCAGCACUUGCACACCACGAAGCGCACGAUCGCGAAGAAGGGCGCGGUGAAGGCGCUCGUCACGCUCGUGCGCCACACGCACCAGCGGUACAUCGCGUUCAUGGAGCAGGCGCCGCACAGCCGCGGGAAGGCGUACGCGGGGUCGCGCGGGGGCGUGCGCGACGCCAAGGGCGGGCUCACGGCGAUGGGCCGCGCGACGGCGGCGUACAAGCGCAUGGGCAACAUGGUCCUCGCGGCGCGGGGCAAGGGGCACGAGCACGGGGCGGAGGACCUCGACGCGCGCGAGAUGACGAUGCUCAAGGCCAUGUACAUCAAGCGCGCGGCCAAGGGCGGCGCGACGGACGCGUGGAACGACUUUGAGGAGGACAUGAACAACUAUCCGAUGGUGGUCUCCCUGCAGAGUCUGGCGCUCAAGGCGCUGCUCAACGUAAGCACCAUCGCGGACAACCAGACCAAGGUCUGCCGGAAGGGCCUGUUCACGAUCCUCGGAAUCAACAGCUACUUCUCGCAGAUGGUGUCCUUCCUGGGAACCGACAGCGAGAUCGGCCCGGAGCACGAGCUCCUGGAACUGUCCUCCAAGAUCCUCCAGAACAUGGCGCUGCACCCCGAGAACCGCACGCGCAUGUUCCGCGCCGAGCUCCGCGGGGCCACGCGGCUGCUCGAGGGCAUCGCGGAGGACCGCCUCAUCCGCAACGGCACCAUCGAGGCGCCGCGCGUCGACCUCCAGAAGGAGCAGAAGCGCCUCCUGCCGCCGCUGAAGCGGCAGACCGAGCUCGCGGGGGAGCCCAGCACCUUCUCGCCGUCGCGCCGGAGCGUCAAGCUGGCCAAGGGGCGUCCCACGGGCCGCGCGCCGUCGGACUCGAUCCGGCCGUCGGAGCUGCAGCGGCCGAAGGUCAUGUUCCCGCCGCUGAUCACGGGUGGCGGGAAGAACCAGGGCGGCACGCACGACCUGAUGUUUUCGGACCGGGUGGCGCUGUCGACGCCGCAGGAGGCGGCCGGCGCCGGGACGGAGCGCAUCCGGCUGUCGGCGCAGGGCCCGCGCGGCGCGGCGGAGGGCGGCGGCGGCGAGGCGCAGGCAACGGUCAACGCGGCGGGCAGCUCGGUCGAGCCGGAGCGGUCCCGCGGGACGGUCGCGCGUGGCAAGUUCCACGAGUGGCAGUCGCAGGUGUUCCCGCCCGCGCAGGCCGGCGGCGUCGGCGGCGUGGUCGACCCGAUCGAUUCCGAGAGCUCGGACGACGGGAUGUCGCCGAUGGAGUACGAGCGCUCGCACCGCAUCCAGAUGCCGUCGCUGGCGCAGUCGCUGCGGAAGCCGAUGGCGCACUUGUGGCAGGAGGCGCGCGACUGGGCGGUGCGGCACGGACACAACCGUUGGAACCCGAAAGUCAGCGAGUACCACAUGUCUAAGAAGCCGAUGACGCUCCAGGCCGCGGCGCGCGGGCUCCUGUCGACGCGGGACCCCCCGAUGGCCACGCGGCACCUCACGAGCGCCAGCCUCGACCUCGCGAACACCGGCAAGCUGUACAACCUGAACGACGCCGUGACGACGAAGCGGCCGGCGACGCCGGACCGCGACUUCGGGAAGAAGCCGCUCACGAUGAUGGUGCUCGAGUCGGACCGCCCGACGAUGCGGCAGCUCAGCGCGAUGCGGCUCCCGGUCGACUCCCCCGGGAAGGGCCCCGGGGGGGGUGUGUCGGCGACGCAGUUCCUCGGCAGCACCGGCGGCGGGCAGCAGAAGGAGCAGCUCGGACAGUCCCUCCUCGUCGCGCUCAACCCCACCUCGGCGCGCUCCGUCGUGUCGUUCGAGGACAAGCUCCGCGACCACGCGCCGGGGCGGGACGGCUACCGCGUCCGGCUGUCGAUGUUUGGCCACGUCCCGGGCGCGCGCGUCUACGACGAGGCCGGCAUUCCCAAGUACGAGCUCCCCAACGGGAAGGAGGCCUUCAUGUACCUCAACGGCGGCCUCAUCAACGACGUCAUCGAGGUGGCGCCGGGGGUGCGCCCCGCGCGGCCGAGCACCUUCCCCUCGGCGCUGCAGCGCCACCUGCCGCUCGCGGGGAUCCUCGACGCCAUCGCGAAGCCCCCGGGCUCGGGCCUGGACAUCAUGCUCCUCAAGCCGAUUCCGAAGCUCGCGCGGCUGCCGUCGAUCCACACGCUGCCCGUGCGCAACCCUGAGGUGCUCGAGGGGUGGGCGUUCGGGGACCUGGAGGAGAUCAACCUGCGGUUCCUGCUCGUCACGAAGCGCGUGAACAAGGAGGAGACGUCGACGAUGGUGCAGGACGUGGAGGCGCCGCGCCCGCGGACGCCGUGGCGGCUGCCGGACUCGAUCUUCAAGCCGCGCGUCAAGGAGUCGGACGCGCGCGGGUUCUUCGACACGCACCAGGUCGAGGACAAGUCGUUCGAGCGGUGCUGGCGGCGGCUCACCAGCAAGGACAAGUUCAUGGGGAUGUUGUCGCGCGAGAACAAGGCCGACAAGGACAAGGACGAGAAGGUCAUGGUCCGGGACCUCCAGGCGGUGCUCCGGAAGCACUGGGCGCUCAUCCAGGCGGUGUUCAUGUACUUCAGCACGUCGGGCAGCGGGAGCGUGUUCACGCUCGAGCUCAACGACUUCACGUCCUUCCUCGACACGUGCGAGAUCCCGGACAACGACUCCGAGUACGUGAAGAAGUCGGACUGCGACACGGUGUUCAUCGUGUCGAACUACAUCGCCGACCGCAACGACCCCGAGGCCAAGCUGCGCUCCGAGCACAACAUGAUGCGCGUGCAGUUCAUGGAGGCGCUCGUGCGGCUCUCGCUGUCCAAGUUCGGCAAGGGGCAGGCCACGAACAGCAUCUCCGACGCCGUCGACAUGCUCUUCGAGGAGCUCGUCAUCCCCAAGGUCCCCGAGUACGCCAAGGUCGAGACCAACUGGUUCCGCCGCGAGCGCCUCUACUUUGAGGAAGUCGACGUCGUGCUCAAGGCGAACAAGGCCGCGCUGCUCGCGCUCUACUCGCGGUACCGCCUCCCGCCCAAGUCCGGCGGCCUGCGGCCCAAGGUCUGGAAGCUGUACUGCUGGGAGGCGUUUAUUCAGGACGCCAAGUUGCUGGACGAGGACUUCUCUCUGCAGCAGUCGAGCCUGUGCUACGUGUGGUCGCGCAUGACGACGGUGGACGAGAUCGGCAAGUUCGCGAAGUUCGAGAGCCUGACGUUCAUCGACUUCCUGGAGGGCCUCGGCCGCAUCGCCGACAUCAAGAGUUUGCCUUCUCUGGAAAGCGUCAAGGAGAUGGGGCUGAACAACAUGCUGGACUGGAAGCUCGCGGUCGACAGCGGCUCGAUCGCGCGCGAGCGCCGCCCGUCGAUGGGCAUCGAGGCGGCGAAGACGCGGCCGCUGAGCGUCAAGGUGGAGAGCUUGCUGGAUCUGACCUUCCGACAGCUCAUGUACAUCCCCGGGGAGCAGAACGACUUCACGAUCGACAAGUUCACCCGGAAGAUGAAGCGCGACGACCACGCGCUCGGGUCGUAG